UGGUGCAGGAGCCUCCUAUUCUCCGUGCUCCUGCAGGAUGGCAUUCCUCACAUAUCUGCGCUCCGCGAAGAACGGACUGAUCCUCUUCUCUGCUCCGUUUCUCCUUCUCCCGCUGCCUCUGGUGAUCGGGACGCCGGAGGCAGAAUGUGCCUAUGUGAUCAUCUUGAUGGCCGCGUACUGGUGCACAGAGGUUCUACCAUUGGCUGUAACAGCUCUCCUCCCAACCCUCCUUUUCCCCUUUUUUGGCAUCAUGCAAUCCAAAGACGUGUGCAUGCAGUACCUGAAGGACACAAACCUGUUGUUUGUGGGGGGGCUGAUGGUUGCAGUUGCCGUGGAGCACUGGAAUCUGCACAAGCGCAUCGCCUUGAGGGUGCUGCUCUUUGUCGGUGUGCGUCCAGCGCUAUUGAUGUUGGGAUUCAUGGGUGUUACAGCCUUCYUGUCCAUGUGGAUCAGUAACACGGCCACCACGGCUAUGAUGGUGCCGAUCGUCCAAGCAGUGUUGAGUCAGCUCAAUAACAGCGAGGCAGAAAUACCUCAGAUCCUCAGCUCAGAGGAGCAGGAUCAGAUGUCAGAGAGUGAUGGCAAACAGCCUCAGACAGAGAAACAGAGCGAAGGACAAGGCCCUGUGGUGGUGACUUUCUUAGAUGCCACAGUGGAGGCUGCCAGACAUAGGGAGGCAGCAGAAAGGCAGAAGAUGUGUAAAGGGAUGACCCUUUGUGUUUGUUACGCUGCCAGCAUUGGAGGCACCGCCACUCUGACAGGAACUGGUCCCAAUCUGGUGCUCAAAGGCCAGAUGAACCAGCUGUUUCCACAAAAUGGAGAUGUGAUUAACUUUGCCUCCUGGUUUGGCUUUGCCUUCCCAAACAUGAUCCUCAUGCUUACGCUGGCCUGGCUUUGGCUACAAUUUGUCUUCAUGGGAUUUAACUUUAAGAAGACGUGGGGCUGUGGAUCUGUGAAGACAGAGAAGGAGAUCGCUGCCUAUAAUGUGAUCCGUGAGCAGCACCGUCUGCUGGGGCCCAUGUCCUUCGGAGAGAUCAGUGUCCUGGGGCUCUUCACUCUGCUGGUGGUGUUGUGGUUCACCAGGGAUCCAGGCUUUGUCAAUGGCUGGGCGACAGUAAUCUUCAACUCUGAAGCAGAGUAUGUGACAGAUGCCACAGUGGCCAUCUUCAUCGCCGUCCUUCUCUUUGUUCUGCCGUCUAAACCCCCACGUUUCUGUUCAAGGAGGACUCACAACUUUGACACAGUUCCUCAUCCACCUGCUGGCCCAACUCCACCUCUGCUCACUUGGAAAGUUGCUCAGAAGAAGUUACCGUGGGGCAUCGUGCUUCUUCUUGGAGGAGGUUUUGCUCUGGCCAAAGGCAGUGAGGAAUCAGGACUCUCAAAGUGGAUGGGCGAUCAAAUGACUCCCCUGCAAAAUAUACCUCCCUGGGCAAUUGCUAUCAUUUUGUGCUUACUGAUUGCUACCUUCACUGAGUGUACGAGUAAUGUGGCGACUGCGACGCUCUUCCUACCUGUCUUAGCCUCAAUGUCUCAGUCCAUUGGAAUCAACCCACUGUACGUCAUGGUGCCCUGUACUCUGAGUGCCUCGUUCGCCUUCAUGCUGCCUGUUGCCACUCCUCCGAACGCCAUCGUCUUCUCUUAUGGAUACCUCAAAGUUGCUGACAUGGCCAGAACAGGAAUAGUCAUGAACAUCAUUGGCAUCGUCUGUAUCACACUGGCCAUCAACAGCUGGGGCAAGGCCAUGUUUGACCUGGACUCCUACCCUGCCUGGGCCAACGUCACUGGGGUGUGAGCCUGGCUCCACCAGAGGAGAUGAUCCACGCACACCCUCCCCUUGAUAGCCACAAAGUGCCACACGAAGAUCUCUGGUCAGAGCAGCAGCGUAGGAGCACAUGGUGGACAGUGUGUGUCAGACUGCUGUUAGGACACAAGCCCCACAAGGCUUGUCUUCUUUGACACCUGAAUACCGUUAAAAAAGAGAGAAAGUGGUGAUGAAUGUGAGUGGGAAUGGAAGAAGAGUGGGUGAACAAUUAAAUGUAAAAAAUGUUUGUCUUUAGAGAAAGACCCUUUAAUGCUCAUAAAACAGUUUGACAGGAUUUAUAUACUGUCAUAAUUUAUAUUUAGCAGUUGUCUCUAAAGACACCAUUCAAACCAACAGUUUUUUAAGCCAAGGGUAAUUAAAGGAAGAGCUCAUGUGGUUAAAAAUGUUUUACACAAUCACAUGUAGUCACAUCUUAGUAGCAAUAAGCCAUUCUGUCUAAACACAUUUACCCAAGUCCAGCACUUAAGUUCAGUUUAGAUGUACUUUACUUAAGGAUUUAUGUUUUAUAUCACUUCUACUUCUACUUUACCACAACAGAUAUUUACAAAUAUUUAUUUAUCUGACACAUGUAGUUACUAAGUUGCUUUUUAUGUUUUAUAAGAUUUUACACUGAAAACAUCAGAUUUUUGCAAUAAAUGGUAAAUAGUUACAGAUUAAUCUUGGUAUAAUUAUCAGCACCUCAACCAGAUACAAUAAAUUAAAUUCAGCAAUCAUGUUAAUACAUAAGUAAUGAUAUAACUACAUGUAAUAAGGGUAGUCUAUAUGCUGUACCUUUGAUUUUUGUGUCAAUAUUUCUGAACUUUAACUUAAGUAAAAUAUUGAAUGCAAGACCUUUACUUGCAAUGGGUUUUUUAUAUUAUAAUGAUACUACUUUUAGUUAAAUGCGUCUUCCACCACUACUGCUUGUCAGUACUGUAUUUUACAAUUGUUAGCCAUCUUGGUAUUUAGAUAUGUUCAUUACAACACAGACCUGACAACAAGUAAACACAUACACCCUGUGUUGACCUGUUUGUGACACUUCCAGCAUCAGUUGAACUUUGAACUGUAUUAUCACUGCAGAUGUACCACUCUGUAUCUGCCUUGUGCAAACACACUGACUCAUUGUACUGUAACUACAUUUUCAAUAUUUCAGUCAAUAUGUCAAUAAGUGUUGACACUGUGAAAUAUCCCACUGCAGUAAUACAUUCUGUCUGAAUUACAAUAAAGUGGUAUUUAAUAAUCCCUGUAUAUAUUUUUCAAAUUCAAAAACUUUUGCACAUGUG